AUGACGGGAAGGUCUCGCCGCGGGGUUAAAUUCCCCCACAAACACACGAGCGGUCCUGCGACUGGCGGCGACGGCCGUCGGUCCAGCUUUAGCGAUGUCAGCGAGGAAGGAUCACCAGUCAAGCCAAAGUCGCCUACAACCCUUGAUGGUAUCCAAGAGAAGCCUCCCACCGCCGAAGAACAAAGGGCUGCCGAAUACGAGAAGAAGAAGGCCAACUUCAUACAGCGGACCUUCUGGACCUUCGUCAUGAUUGGGGGCUUCUUCGCAGCGCUUUUCAUGGGCCACAUCUAUAUCUUGUUAAUAAUAACUACAAUACAGGUUGUCUCGUUCAAGGAGGUCAUCGCCAUCGCGAGCGUGCCGAGCCGUGCCCGCGAUCUGCAGUCUUCCAAGAGCCUCAACUGGUACUGGCUUGCAACUACCAUGUACUUCCUCUACGGAGAGAGCGUCGUGUACUACUUCAAGCACAUUGUCCUGGUUAACAAGGUCUUGUUACCCCUGGCUACGCACCAUCGGUUCAUCAGCUUCAUUCUAUACGUGUUUGGAUUUGUGUUCUUCGUGAGCUCGCUCAAGGCCGGUCAUCUCAAAUUCCAGUUUUCCCAAUUUGGGUGGACACAUAUGGCACUGUUCCUCAUUGUGGUCCAGGCGCACUUUAUCAUGAACAACGUGCUCGAAGGCAUGAUAUGGUUCUUCCUACCCGCUGCCCUGGUCAUCACCAACGAUAUUUUUGCCUACAUCUGUGGCAUAACAUUCGGCCGUACACAGCUCAUCAAGUUGUCGCCUAAGAAAACGGUCGAGGGUUUCGUUGGCGCAUGGAUCAUGACCGUUCUCUUUGGCGUGGUGCUCACGAACCUGUUACUGCGAUCCAAGUACUUCAUCUGCCCAGCUACGGACCUUGGGGCCAACAUAUUCACGGGUCUAGACUGCGUGCCCAACCCAGUCUUCAUCCCGCGCACAUACACCACCCCGCAGCUCUUCCCCGGCAGGGCAUUUAGCAUCACAAUGGCACCCAUGCAGAUUCACACCCUGUGCCUGGCGACAUUUGCCUCGUUGAUCGCGCCAUUUGGCGGUUUCUUCGCCUCGGGGCUAAAGCGCACUUUUAAGAUAAAGGACUUUGGCGAUUCGAUCCCUGGCCACGGCGGCAUGACGGACCGUAUGGACUGCCAGUUCACCAUGGGUCUCUUUUCCUUCAUUUACUACCACACGUUCAUCGCCACCUAUACGGCCUCGCUGGGAGGGGUGAUGGAAACUGCCAUCACAGGCCUGACAGUGGAUGACCAGAUUGAGCUGAUCAGGGGGAUGGCAAGAUACUUGUCUAACCAGGGUGUCGUCGGGACUGAUUUCAUCUCAUGUCUGGACCACCUGCCGUCAAGGAGAUAG